AUGUCAUUGGCCACCUUUUCACCUUCUCGUCGGACGAGAAUGCCAGAAGAAUCGCCAUUGCCGCAUCUUUCAUCCACAACUUCGCCAACCGUGAUUGGUCAACAAUGGCUACUUGCAACAACAGCAGCAGAAGACGAGUUAUUGAGGCAUCAUCGGAGUCGUCGUGGUACUACCGGUACUGCAAAUAACGACAAACAACAUCAAUGGAUUUUUGUCUUGCCUGUAUUGCUGCUGGAAUUCUUGGCCAUUGGAAUGACUCGAGCCAUAUUGCCCUCCAUUUUGUUGCAAGAAUAUGGCAAUAAAGUGUAUUUGGUGCUGGGUUCGGCAGAUUGCAUUCGAGGACUCUUAGCCUUUUUUGCCUGUCCGCUCUUUGGGAAAUUAAGUGAUUUGUGGGGACGGAAACAAUGUUUGCUCAUUACCGUCUUGGGGUCCUGCGCUCCGGUGUGUUCUCUGGCACUUUUUUCGUGGCGUUCCACGACCGUGUUGGUGCAACAACACUACCAUCAUGGUCAUGGAUAUGGUGGCGGAGAGGAGAUUUUGGGAGUACUGGAUUAUGAUGUCGAUCAUUAUCCCAACAACAACGAUACUAGCUUGCUGUAUUCCUACUACCGAAAUGGCACACUUGAUCUACCAGAAGGAGUCAUUACCAGAAUACACUACACCAUGCCGCCGUCUGCAAUUCCACUCUUUGUCGUGCUGCUCAGUUUGUCAGGGAUCUUCAGUUCGACCUUUACACUCGUGUUUGCUUAUAUUAGCGACACUGUCGAGACAAGAAACGAACGAGUUUCGGCAUUUGGCCUAGCGCUUGCUUGCUUUGGUCUGUCCUUUACCAUUGGACCCAUGGCGGGAGGAUACUUGGCACAUUCCCAUACCCACUAUGUCUUUACCUGCUCUUUGAUUUUGACCAUUUUGGAUUUGAUUUACAUUCAAUUCUUUUUGCCAGAAUCCUUGUCACACACCCAAACAUUGUCAACCUCGCUCAAGGCAUUGUUCACGACUGCUAGAAGAAGCAGUGGAGAUGGUGCCAGUACUACUACUACUACUACUACCACGACGUGGUCUCCCAUGCAAAGUGUGACCUAUCUCUUACGGGAUCCAUUUUUGCACACUGUGGGAAAGGUAGCAUUUUAUUAUUACACGGGUGUCUGGGCCGUCAUUUCCACAUUGUCCAUUUAUGCCGUCCAACGAUUUGGACUGACUCCCGAACGAUUGGGGGAACUCAUGUCCGCGUUGGGACUUUGUACCAUGAUGGCCGAAGCCGUUUUGGUCCGCCUCAUUAUUCCAUGGGUGGGAGAAAAGAAGGCCAUUCAAAUUGGACUGAUCAGUUUUGCAAUGCAGUGUUUGGUUCUGGGGGCAGCGAAUCAAGCCUGGCAUUUGUUUGUUUGUGUGGGAUUUUCACUCUUGGGGAAUUUGGUGUAUCCAAGUCUGAGCUCGUUGGUCAGUGGAACAGUCGAUCCGGAAUCGAAUGGAGAAGCCUUGGGAGCCAUCAAUGGUGUCAAGGCACUCACCGAAGGGAUUGGGCCACUCAUUUUUGGUGGUCUCAUGACGAUUAGUGAAGGAACCGACUUGCCUGGAUGGCCCUAUUGGAUUGCUGCCAUUUUGGUUCUCAAAGCCUAUCAAGCAUCCAAAGAUUUGCCCUUUGAUGGUUCGGCCAACGAUUCAUUGGCAUCACAGGGUGGUGGUGGUGGUGGUGGAGAAGAGGAUGGAUUUGUCUACGAACUUCAGUUCAAGCAACGGCGACAAGAAAAGACCCAGAAAUACAAUUACUUUGCGAAUUCCAGGAACGAAUCCCUUACAACAUGGCUCAACAGUCCUAGCAGUGAGCCCAAACCAAGAGACGGAGAAGAGUAUCAACCUUUACUAUUGAGUGAUGUGGAAGAGGAUGACGAUGAUUGCGAGGGAGAUGGCAAGGAAAGUGCUGUACGCAUGCCGUAUCAAGAUACCCCUAAUGCUCCACUCGCAAUUUUCAGUGAUGAUGGUUAUCUACUGGAAAGUAGUGGUAUUACUCCACCACCACCACCACCACCAUCCUUUGCGAUUCCACCGUCCAUGAGACGAGUGACGGACGUUGCAUCCAAUACCGAUGCUGCUGAUGGAAUACCUUUCUCGACUCCUACCAUUACGAAUUCAAGAUCCUUCUUUACAUCUACUGCCAAGUCGGAUCCAGAAUAG